AUGACAAGCGUCUUGAGCAAGCGCCAGCAGGCGCGCAACGAGAAGGCUCUUCAAGAACUCGUCAACAAAGUCCCCGGCAAUAACUUAUGCGCAGACUGCCAUACGAGGAACCCAGCCUGGGCAUCAUGGAGUUUGGGAGUUUUUCUAUGCAUGCGUUGUGCUGCGAUACACCGAAAACUGGGCACACACAUCUCCAAAGUCAAGUCGCUAAGUAUGGACAGCUGGUCCAACGAACAAGUCGAGAACAUGCGCAAAGUCGGAAACGUCGCUUCAAAUCAGAUAUAUAAUCCCGCGGGCCGAAAACCACCUGUACCCAUCGAUGCUGACGAGGCAGACUCAGCCAUGGAACGCUUUAUUCGCCAAAAAUACAUUCAUAAUGUCGCCGCCGAAUCUAGCAAGCCGCGCAGUCAGGGAUCCGAUGAAGGCACGCCGCCGCCGUUGCCACCUAAGAACUCAACAAAAUUCGGAUUUCGAUCAGCCUCAUCCAUAUUCCCGCUUUCAUCGCGUGCAAAGAAGGAGCAAAGAACCAUAAGCAGCUCGAGUGCUGGUACAUUGGCUUCUCCGACGCUGCCGAAUAAGCCCUCCAAGUUGUUUGGAGCCACCGUGGAUUAUGAUGGACCGGAUGAUACUGAAGUGAAGCUGACGAGGCUUCGGGAGAUGGGGUUUCAAGAUGCUCAGCGCAAUGCUAUUGUUCUUAAAGGAGUCAAUGGCAACCUGGAACGGGCGAUUGAGGCCUUGGUCCGCUUAGGAGAAGGCACAAAUCAAUCGCCGGCACCCGCACCACCUCCCCGAGAGCCUACACUGCGCGCAACGAAAUCCAUGACUCCGUUAAACUCCUCAUCUGGUUCAACCGGUUUGGGCCUGAGUCUCAACGUUCCUCAGAAGCCGGUGUCUGACCGACCAACUACCUCGUCCACCACGUCUACUAACCCGUUCGACAUGAUGCCCCCGGCUCAACCACAAACGGCCCAAUCUACCGGCACGCUGCAUAAUAAAAACCCAUACAAUGGCACGAAUAAUCCAUUCGGAGUUCCUUCACAACAGGUCGACCUUGUUAGCCAGGCAUUUCAAGGUCUUAAUGUGUCGACGUCAGACCCGGCUUUCUUCACCCAGACUAAUGGAGGACAUACGGUGCAAAUUCCACAACAACAGUAUCAACAGCAGCCAUAUCAGCAAUACAUGUCCCCUUCUGCCCCGACAAGUCCACAGAGCUAUCAGACGAUGAACUUCCAGAGCAGCAUGACAUACCCGCAGCCGAUACCUCAGCCCCAGCAGCCAAUGCAGACUGGUUACAACCCAUUCUACUCUCAGCCAUCAAGCCCGACUCCGAUGCAGCAAGGUUUGACGGUGAACACUGCUCCGGGAGGAUUCGCAAACAAUCCUUUCAUGCGAUCACCAACGAGAAUAGCAUCUCCGUCGCUUGGUCAGAUACCGGAGCAAGCUCAGUCCAAUUUCACACAAUCGCCGUUUCUGAGCGCGUCACCACAACCGUUAGCAACGUCAGCAAAUCCCUUCUUCACCAGUAUGCAACAGCCGCAGCCCCAAGCACAGGCCCAACCCUAUGCGGUGCAACACCCUCAGCAACCAUAUUACCAGCAGCCUCGGCAUGACAAAGCAUCGAUAAUGGCGUUGUUCAACCAGCCUGUGCAAGGCAUCCCAAAACCUGUGACCACAAAUACAAAUACAGUGACGACAACGCCGAGCAUCCCGGAAAACCAGGCCGUAUACACACAGUCUGCGCCAGCGUUCCCAGUGACACCCCAGCAGCCCCGAAGCGUGUCGCAGCCGAUACCCGGAAACACAAAUCCGUAUAUGAAUCAAGCUACGGCCCAGCCGGAUCCUUUUACAUCAAGCAGGCAUAUCAGUAGGGAAAGCAUGAAUCUUGGCAUGGAUAUGGCUUGGACGAAUGGACGACACAGCCCAGAUGCAUUUGCGAGCUUGAGCGCGAGACAUGUAUAA